AUGUCGAGUCGCAGAACUUCUGUUGGUUCAGUCGAAGACUUGGACGCAUACUUUGCGAACUAUGUACCACUAUCAAACCUCCCAACACCUCCCCCUCGCCCUGACGAAAGCUCCUCAGAUGGCAGCUGUGCGACGUCGCCUUCAAGCCACUCUUUCGACCCCGAGCUAGCCGGCCCCGCAGAGCUCCUAGCCAACCUGGUCCCCUCAAACGCCUCUCCACACCGCCCUUUCGCAGCCACGAUCUACGACUACCUCUCGCGCGCACAGCUUCCGAUCGAGGUUCUCGGCCUUGCGGCAUGCAUACUCGAUGCGCUCAGCGCCCGCUUCGCUGCCAGUUGGCGCCAAGAGCUCUUCCAGCAAGACACGCAGAAGGGGCGGCAAGAUGGACGGCCAACACCUUUCAUAAUCCAGACAAACUCCAGGAACUCUUACAGCAGCUGUCCUGAGCCCGAGAUCAUCGUCCUCGCGACCCUACAUCUCGCCGUCGCCUACCUGUCCGACAGGCCCAUGCUCCCUGCCUUCUGGGCGCGGCAUGUCUCCCCAAACGCAUUCUCGGUUGCGGAGAUCAACACUACAACCAGGUGUGUGCUGCGGGACAUCGACUACGGCUUGCAUUCGUUCACGCCUGAGAUGGUGGAUGAGGCGAUCGCGGAUAUGCGGCGAGCUGGUGAAACCGUCAGGCUUGAGGCGAAACCGGCGUCGGUGGGCCAGGGACUCGGUGUGAGGAGGAAACCGCCGGCGGUAUUAGAGCUUGGGAGACUCGGAAGGGCGGUGGUGGCAGAUGGGUUGGUGACGCCGGAACCGAGUCCACCGUGUUAG